UACGAAAGAAAACCAUAAACCGCACAUUCCCACUGCCAAGGACGCACAAAUCCGGAAGUGAAGGGGGUCUGCAGGGUCUUUGGUUGCAGAUUCUCCUUCUGGCGUCACCCAUUGAGCAUGUAUUUGCGUCUAAAUGUGCCCAGCCUGACGAAUGUGAAGGGCGUUUGGGAUCUAGGCAAACGAUGAGCUGCAGGUGAAAGGAGGGUGAAAGAGCUAGACGUCAGCUCGUGCACCGGCAGUGCGCAAGCCAGCACACUCACUGCAGAACUGUUCUGCUUCUUGAAGGGCCCUCACCGCAAUUGCCCAUCACAUCAAUGAGUUGCAAGCGCAAUUGAUUGAGGCGUCGUUAAACUUGUUGAUUGAAAUCAUGAGCACGUCAAGGCUUGUUGGAGUGCACCACAAAACUGCAUGCAUCACUUUCCCGCAGACUCAGGAUGCUGCCACUCAGAAGAGGAGGAAACUGAGCGUCGCAGCAUUGCAGGGGCAAGCAGUGGGGAACCAGAUACUCUCAAAGUAUGGCAAUCACAACUUGUAUGUAAGGAGCAUCAGACCCUCCUUCCUGCCUCUGAGGCCUCAGCAUCGAACACGCUCGCAUACAGCGCCCCCCUGUGUUGCCGCGGUGUCCAGCCCCGCUACCGCGGCUGCCCCUCUGGCCAGUGUCGCUGUCUCGUUGAGAACGCAGCUACAGCAGUGGCAGGCGAGCCCCUUGGUGGGAAACUCAGAAUGGGCCGUCUGGGCCUUCUUGUUGGCGGCAGGGGCAGCAGGACUCUGGUCUGAGAAGACGACUUUGGGCCAGGCUCUGAGCGGUCCGCUGGUGAGCACGCUGAUUGGCCUGGCCCUCAGCAACCUGGGCGUCCUCCCCGCGGCCGCCCCCGCCUACGCUGUGGUCAACAAGUUCCUGCUGCCCCUCGCUGUGCCCCUCCUCCUGUUCAGUGCUGACAUCAAGCGGGUGUUUAGCGAGACAGGGCGCCUCUGGCUGGCCUUCCUCCUGGGAGCCGCGGCGACUGUGGCGGGGUCGUUCGCCGCGCUUUCCCUGUUUCCUCUUCGUUCCCUGGGGGAGGAUGGCUGGAAGAUGGCAGCUGCGCUGAUGAGCAGGCACAUCGGAGGGGCGGUGAACUACGUGGCUGUGUCAGAGGCCCUCCAGACGUCCUCCUCCAUGGUCGCCGCUGGGCUGGCAGCCGACAACCUCAUCUGCGCCCUCUACUUCACCCUCGUAUUCGCCCUGGCCGCCGGCAUUCCCCCCGACCAACCAAGCGCCGCCACGUCAUCACCUAUCACAUCUGCCGCUCUCCCUCCAGAAGAAGGAAAGAGCACAUUUACAGUUCUGGAGGGCUCAACCGCUCUAGCACUAUCGGCUGCAAUCUGCGCCGUUGGGAGCCGGCUGUCCAAGUUGCCUGCGUUGCGCGUAUUGGGCGGGGGGAUCCCCUGCAUGACGGCAGUGGUGGUUGCGCUGGCCACGCUGCUGCCAAAGCAAGUCGGGGCGCUGGCGCCGGCGGGAGAAGCCCUUGCCGUGAUUCUUAUGCAGGUGUUCUUUGCCACGGUGGGCGCCAGCGGCAGCGUGGCGUACGUCGUGACCACCGCCCCCUCGCUGUUCGCCUUCUCCGCGCUGCAAAUCACGGUCCACCUGGCACUGACCCUCGGCUUCGGCAAGCUCCUCGGGUUCAGCCGGCGCGACCUGCUGCUGGCGUCCAAUGCGAACGUGGGCGGUCCGUCCACUGCCGCGGGCAUGGCCACCGCCAAGGGCUGGCGCGCGUCGCUGGUGCCGGCCAUCCUGGUGGGCAUCUUCGGAUACGCGACCGCCACCUUCUUGUCCAUCUACGUGGGCCACACAUUCUUCCGACGAUUCUAAAUUUCCCUCCUGCCGAGCGGCCAGUGGAAGCAUUUACAUUCAACGUUUCCAGAAUCUCAAGAUUAGGAGGAUGGCAAGGCACGAGAAAUAACGUCUCACUAGGGGUAUCGAAGCAGGGAACUUGGUUUCGAGUUGGGACGCUGGCACAGGUGAUUGAAGAACAUGAUGUAUAAACUGUUGCGAAGUUGCUUGAGGCUCCGGGGUGUGCAGCAGUCGACAUUUCUUUGAAAUGAGACGGUUGAGAACGAUCGCUGACGGGCCACCCAUAGACAUAUAUGCACUGACAAGUAGACAACAUUAUGCUCGUGCACGAGUUGGGAGAGAGAAUGGAGAGGGGCCAGGGCCAAGAAGGCGAAAGGCUUCGAAUGAAUUCCUACUGCCAGGGUAGUUUUCCCACGUCAGUAAAAAAUCAUGCAAGCGGACCCGGCAAGCAUGCGGAAUAAUAGAUCC